AUGCUCCAGGACCUCGUCAACAAGGACAUCGUCGUCCGCCUAAAGUGGGGCGACACCGAGUACAAGGGCCGGCUCGUCAGCAUCGACUCGUACAUGAACAUCCAGCUCAGCGGCGCCGAGGAGUACAUCGACCAGAAGAUGACCGGCGCACUGGGCCAGGUCCUGAUCAGGUGCAACAACGUCUUGUGGAUCAGGGCGGCCGGCGCGGGCAGCAAUGGCGACGUCAAGAUGGAGGGUUGA